GCCAGAUAGUUGAAAUUCGCGUGAUGUAAUUUAGAAGAAAUAAUACACGAUUGUUUUGAUUAUUUACUAGCUGAAUUAUGUCAAUGAAACUAACAAUUUUGGCAGGCAUCAAUUGCCUCAAACAAUGCGCUUUGAAUGCUGCAACCCCGAAGAACUCGUUGAUGCACACAAGCGCUUGCUUGCGCAAAGUUGAAGACCGCAAAGAAAUGCUGGCUUCCAUGCCGGCGAAGGAUGAGGGAACUCUUGGCGAGAAAUCAGUCGACAUAGAUACUCUCAUUGACAGAAAAGCAAAGUUUUUCCCGGACGCCAGCACAGCCACCCAGCUAUUCAACGGCAUUCCUUUCAAUGAGCUGCCCAUAGUCAACAUUCGUGUCUCGCCUAACAACACAAUCAUUUCAGUGACCGACUAUAAAGGUGUACCCAGACUGAUCCGCUCCUGCGGUAUUGAAGGCUUCAAGAAUACCAGGAAAGGCACCAAUAUUGCAGCCCAGGCAACCGCUGUGACUAUUAGCGCUAAAGCCGUUGAGCUUGGUUGGAAAACUAUUCGGGUGAAAGUGCGUGGCUUGGGACCCGGACGCAUGUCGGCUAUCAAAGGGCUGCAAAUGGGUGGUCUGAAUAUAGUUUCGGUUACGGAUAAUACACCUGUUUCAUGGAAUCCCCCGCGACCCAGAAAACAGAGAAGUCUGUAAAUCAAUAUUGUAUAUUCGCAAUGUAGAAAUAAAUGUAAAAAAUUGUU